AGAAGAUGCAGUUAUUAUUUCUCAUCUGUUUGCUUCCUACGGUGAUAGGACAUGGCGAUCGUCGUGGAGGCCAUGAUGAUAUGGACACUGGAAAGACUGGGCACCUCCGGGUACGUGGUAAAAUAAUGAUGGUGAAAGGGGGCGAGUGGAGUGGACAUGGAAUGGAUAGUCAUGAAGAUGGAAGUAGAUGGGGUGAAUGGUCCAAAAGACACGAUGAUAACAGAAGGAAAAUGAGUGGUCCUAUGCAUGGUAAAAAAUGGUGGGAAAAUUAUAAUUCAGAGUCAGGAGAUAGAGGUAUGAGAAAACGUCAUGGACAAAAACCUUGGUCUAAGAUGGAUCGGGAUGACGUGGACACGAUGGACAAAGAAUGGUCAAUGGAGGAUGGUGAUGAUGAAGAAAGAGGAAAAUGGAGGAAAGAUGGCUACAGACAUGGUAGAGGUGACCGAGAUGAAGAUGAUCAAGAAAGGGGUAAAUGGAGAAAAGAUGGCUACAGACAUGGUAAAGGUGACCAAGAUGAAGAUGAUGAAGAGAGAGGUGAAUGGAGAAAAGAUGGUUUCAGACAUGGUAAAGGUGACCGAGAUGAAGAUGAUGAAGGGACUGAUAAGUGGGAGAUGGAUGGUUUCAGACAUGGGAAAGACCAAAGACGACAAGAGUACAACCAUGGAAAUAUGCAUGGCUAUCGAAUGCAUCCAAAGUGGACUACUGGUGGCAACAGCAAAGAGGAUGAAGUACGAAGAGCUUAUUUCAGGUUCUUUGGGAGAUUCAACAUGAUGAAAGGUGGUAGAGAAAUGAUGGAUCGCGAUCAAAGACAUGGUUCUGGAAAGAGUCGAGGACAUGGAGAUGACAACGAUGGUGAUGCCAACGACCAUGAUGGUGAAAUGAUGAAAGGGGAUAAAAAUAAAUAUUCUGCUAUGAUGAUGGAAGACAAAUUGAAAAAAGGCAUGAAAAUGUUAUAUAAGCAAGAUCCCCAUGUUUUAGGAAAGUUGAUCACAUUGUCAUUUCUAAAGAUGUGUGAAUGCGAGGGAGACAGUGCUUCUAAAUUAUUGAAAAAAUUUGUUGCAAAAGCUGAACAUUCAGACGACAUGGAAGAAGACACCAAAAGACCCAAACUUCCCGAAAUUCCCGAUUUUGGUUCUGACACAACGGCUAAGUUAGCUUUCCUGAAGAAUCUUACCGAAGAACAAAGAAAAAUGUUGUUUGGUUAUGACUUGGUAAGAAAUAUGUGUGAAGCAGCUAAAACAUAUAUGGUCAAAAGUAAAGAGUUUUAUGAUCAAUAUUUUACUGACUCUAUGAUGUCAACGACUGUAUCAACACCAUGAAGAGAUAAUGAAGUACCACUAGCUGACGAAUAUUGAUAAUGAUUAUCUAUAUAAAACGUUGAGUAUCUCAGGCAAUAAUUAAUAAUAAUGUUGUAAAUACUAUAAAAAUGAUAAAGAUAAUUUAUGGUACACUACUGUAAUACUUUACACGGGGAUCCUCUAUACUCAUUGCCAAAUGCCAACCGUUAUUGUAUCUUUUCCAUUACGUAUCGAACUAAGAUUAAGUUUUCCAAAAAUAAGCCAACAAAUAUUUUCUAUUUACUGUAUAUUAUUCGAUUUAUCAGGGCCUUUCAUUUUCCAAAAUUUUUCGAUCUUAAAGUAGGAAGCAGGCCCUGACUUGAUUGUUGGGAGGGGCAAGUAAUAAAUAUACCCGAGUUGC